CCUCUCUUCGUCGGUUUACAAGGACCACAAGGAUGUGGCAAAACCACAUUGUGCGAUCAGAUGAUAUCUCAUCUGUCAUCUCUAGGAUGGAAAACUGCCGUCUUGUCAUUGGACGAUCUCUACAAGACCAACGCCGAGUUGAAAGCUUUAUCUAGAAAACAUCCUGAUAUUGCCCUUUUAGCUGGUCGAGGACCUCCAGGAACGCAUGACAUCGAACUGGCCGAAACAGUCCUACAUGCAGUUGCAAGUAUCAACGCCAAGAAAGAAACGGUUCAUCUGCCUAUUUUCGACAAGAGUCUCUGUGCUGGCGAAGGUGAUCGGAGCGAGAAAACGGUCCCUAUCGUCGGCCCAUUAGAUGUGUUUGUGUUGGAAGGAUGGUCGAUGGGUUUCACCCCUCUCUCUUCAUAUAAACUCGAAGAAAUCUACUCCUCCCCACCUCCACCUCUUCCGGGAACAGCGUAUCAUAAGAAUCAUCCACUAGCCGAUUUGAUGACUCUUAAUUCAUAUCUCCAAGAAUUUUCGACAGAGGUGUAUCCGCUUUUCUCCACCAUGAUUGCCAUCCAGCCCACAGACUACAGAAAUGUAUUCAAGUGGAGGCUGGAGCAGGAGCGGAAUAUGAAAGUAAGAAACGGCGGGAAGGGAAUGACUGAUGAACAAGUGGAGAAAUUCGUAGAGCGGUAUAUGCCUGGUUAUGAGUUAUGGAGGGAUGGAGUAGAAGGAAGUGAGAUGCCAUGGGAGGGCAGAGUGUUGAAGUUGGUUUAUGGUCCUGAGAGGGAGGUGAUACGUGUUGAA